AUGUCUCUCCUCGGAAAGAAGUUCCCCGGCGCCAUGGCCAAGCCUCUGACUCCCUUCUUCGCUGCCGGCCUCAUUGUGCUCUACGGCGUCAACUCUCUCCAGAACGCUCUGUCCAACACCGCCGAGUUCCAGAACGAUCCUCGCAACCCCAACGCCAAGCCCGCUGGCAAGGCUGGCCACUAA